CAUAAUUCGCAGAACGGUGUCGUUUCAUGGAGAUGCAGUUGAACCCUAUUCGAUUCUCUCCAUGCCGUCCAACCCUAUUCGAUUCUCCGAAAAUACUGUCAUUCCGAACUAGAAACACGCCCUCUUUCUAUCUGAAAUUCAAUUUUGCUUGUGGAUUAUCAAUUAAUCACUGGUAACCGCGUCUAGGAUUCUCUUAUUUCAACAUAACUCUACAGAUUUCUCAUCCGAAUUGCUAAAUCAAAACAAAGAUCUCGAUCGAAUUGGAGUAAUGAAUCAUAGAGCCAUAAUGAUGAUUCUGAAGCCCCUUUCUCUUCAAUCUUCAUCAAGGUACGCUCCUUCCAUCUCCACUAUAGGUCUGAACUCAAAUCCCCAAAACCCCAGUUCAGUAUUCUCUCGAUUGUACUGGUCUGAAACCAUAGCCGAAACCACAGUCGACAACGGCGAUGUUGAAACAGUUUUCCGAAUAGUCAGUAGCGCUUCAUCAACUCGGAACUUGAAACAAUCUCUGAAAUCGAGCGGAGUGUUCCUCUCAAACGAUUUGAUCGAUAAAGUUCUGAAAAGGGUCAGAUUCAGCCAUGGAAACCCUUUUCAAGCUUUGGCUUUCUUCAAUUAUACCAAUAAGAGGAAAGGGUUUUACCACACUCCGUUCUCGUUGGACACAAUGCUCUAUAUCUUAGGAAGAAGCCGUAGAUUUGAUCAAAUUUGGGAGCUUUUGGUUGAUAUGCGUAGAAAGGACCAAUCUUUGAUAUCGCCGCGUAGUGUUCAGGUGGUUUUAGGUAGAAUUGCCAAGGUCUGCUCGGUGAAGCAGACAGUGGAGUCGUUUAGGAAGUUCAAGAAACUGGUUCCGGAGUUCGAUACUGCUUGUUUCAACGCUUUGUUGAGAACUCUAUGUCAAGAGAAGAGUAUGAGAGAUGCGAGGAAUGUGUAUCACAGUUUGAAGCAUGAUUUUCGGCCAGAUUUACGAACUUUUAAUAUACUUUUAUCUGGGUGGAAGUCUGCAGAGGAGGCUGAGGGCUUCUUCGAUGAGAUGAGAGAAAUGGGGGUUGAACCCGAUGUUGUUUCCUAUAAUUGUUUGAUUGAUGUCUACUGCAAGGGGAGGGAGAUAGAGAGGGCGUAUAAGGUGAUUGAUAAAAUGCGAGAUGAGCAGAUAUCACCGGAUGUGAUAUCUUAUACUAGUAUUAUCGGAGGUUUGGGGUUGGUGGGUCAGCCGGACAAAGCUCGGGAUGUUUUGAAGGAAAUGAAGGAGUAUGGAUGUUACCCAGAUGUUGCUGCAUACAAUGCAGCUAUCAGGAACUUCUGCAUUGCAAAUAGGCUUGGUGAUGCUGACGGUUUGAUGGAUGAGAUGGUUGGUAAGGGUUUGAGUCCUAAUGCCACUACUUACAAUUUGUUCUUUAGGUGUUUUUAUUGGUCCAAUGAUUUGGGGAGGUCAUGUGGUUUGUAUCAGAGGAUGAAAAAGACUGGGUGCUUGCCAAACACUCAGUCUUGUAUGUUCCUAACCAGGUUGUUUAGAAGGCAGGAGAAGGUGGAAAUGGCGCUUGAGCUUUGGAAUGACAUGGUGGAGAAGGGUUUUGGGUCUUAUAUUCUGGUGUCUGAUGUGUUGUUUGAUAUGCUUUGUGACAUGGGGAAGCUGGUGGAGGUGGAGAAGUGUUGUUUACAGAUGAUAGAAAAGGGGCAUAAACCGAGCAAUGUUUCUUUUAGGAGAAUCAAGGUGCUCAUGGAAUUGGCAAACAAGCAUGAGGCCCUUCAGAAUUUGACAGAGAAGAUGGCUAUGUUUGGGCCUUCAACACAAGUUCAGGAAAGAGCAGAAAAUAUGGUAGAGAUAUCAGAUUUAGAAUCACUUCCAUGUUGAAUCAGAUAGUCCCAAACAUACUGCAAAAGCUGUAGGACUCCUAAGCAAAAGGCUUAAGGUGUGGCCAAGCAAAGGUGAUUUGUCUCCUUAACCAUGUGUAACUCCUAAGCAAAAGGCUUAAGGUGUGGCCAAGCAAAAGGUGAUUUGUCUUAACCAUGUGUAACCUAUGUGCUAGAAUAACAAGCAUCUAAAUUAUUGUGAUAUUUUUUUUAUCCUUGGAAGGAUUUAUUCUGAGUAUAUCAUGUAUCAGUUUCUACUACUAGUUCUCACUUAUAUGGUCUGAGCGAGGAGUGGUUUAAGAAAACUCAGAAGAACUAGAGGGGAUAGGGGGAUGCGAUGAAGGAAAUUGCAGUCAGUGUGGUUGGGUUGGGUGGAGGUUCUACUACUUUGUGGCAGGUGGAAGAAGUUUCAUCCUCAUUUAAAACAGUGUUCUACAGCCCAUAGCCAGUCCUCCCCUACGUAAGUGGACAUUGUACUGUUUAUGCAGUGAUGGUGAAGGCCAUCAAAUGUUUCUCCUUGUGCAGCCCAAGUGAGAUCUUCUCAAUUAUAAAAGGCUUUGGUUUGUCGGUUA